UCUGCAGCACUCUGCACCAAAAACAGAGCCUCUAAAUCCACUCUUCAAUAUUUUUUUUUCUCAAUUAAAAAACACAAAACAGAUGGAGUGGAUUAGAGGCCAAAUCAUAGGCCAAGGCUCCUCAGCCACCGUAUGCCUAGCUGGCACCACCACCUCUGCCGCCGUCUGUGCCGUCAAGUCAGCAGAGCUCUCACAAUCACAACACCUCCAAAGAGAACAAAAAAUAUUGUCCUCACUCUCUUCACCACACAUAGUAACCUACAAAGGCUUUGAUAUCACAAAAGAGAAAAGCAAGCUCAUGUUCAACCUCUUCAUGGAGUAUAUGCCCCAUGGAACACUCUCUAGCCACGGUGGCCGCCUCCUGGAGCCAGCGAUCGCACACUACACAAAGCAAGUUUUAAAGGGGCUAGAAUACUUGCACUCAAGAGAGUUGGUGCAUUGUGACAUAAAGGGUAGUAACAUCCUUGUUGGUGAAGGUAACUGUGUCAAAAUUGCUGACUUCGGAUUAGCAAAGAGCCUAAAUGAGUCAGCCGGGGUGCCACUGGCUGGCACCCCGGCUUUCAUGUCGCCGGAGGCGGCUCGGGGGGAGGAGCAGGGGUACCCUUGUGAUGUUUGGGGAAUUGGAUGCACUGUGAUUGAGAUGGCCACUGGUAGUUCACCAUGGCCUAAAGUUAAGGACCCUGUUUCAAUGCUGUACCAUGUUGGAUAUUCCGGUGAGGUUCCUGAGAUUCCGGGGUUUCUUUCUGAAGAAGCAAAGGAUUUCUUGGAGAAGUGUCUUAGGAGGAAUCCAAGAGAAAGAUGGAGUGCUAGCCAAUUGCUGAAUCAUCCAUUUCUUGGGGAAUUCAGUUCCAAAGAUGGUGAUUGUGUUCUUGGGGAAUCCAAUAGUUCAUCAUGGUCUCCUACUAGUAUUCUUGAUCAAGGAUUUUGGAAUUCUGUGGAGGAAUCAGAAUGCCCCAUUGCUGGGGAUUUUGUUCAAACAUGUUGUGUGCAUUCCGCUUCUGAUAGGAUCAAGAAGCUGGCUUUGUGUUCUGGUGACCCCAAUUGGAAUUGGGAAAGUGAGAAUUGGAUCACAACUAGAGGGAAUAACAAUAACGAGAGUUCUUGUUCUUGCAUUGGUGGAUCAAUGAUAGCUUCAAAUUCAGCUAUUGAUUGUUGGUGUGAGGUGGAGAAAAGUAAUCAUAAUAAUAAUAAUAAUAAUGACGAUGAUAAUGUUAUUAAUAGUAAUUGUAGAAUUAAUAGUUGUUUUUAUGAGGAUUUUAAAUGUAGGGAUGUUAGGGUUGUAGUAAAUAGUGUCAAUUUUCAGAAAAUGCAUCCUUUGACAUUAGAUAUUUUAUAGUAAUUCAA